AUGGCCAACUUUGGCUUUGUCAAGUGCUCUCGCCGGGAGCGGCUCAAAUUUUUCCAAAGUUCUUUACCUUACUUGAACAACCAUGCAUUGGUUCUGAGUGCUAAUGGAGAGGCAAGAAGAUGGGCCCUGGAGGAGCCUCACCCCACGAACCAGAGCUUUCUCACUUUUAAAAAUGGGCAUUACGGCAUCUACUUCACCCUCUUCAAUCACGAGCUUCGGAAGGAAGAGCAUGACAACACUCAUUUUAGCCCACAAAAAAUCAUCAUAAUUGUCCGAGACUCAACGCCCCAAGAAUUUGUUCCUGAAUUCUUUAUUUCAAAAGCAAAGCAGGAUAUACACAAUGAUAUAACUUGGCUCAAAACAGUCACGCGAAAUCUUCUUUCGACCGCAUCUCUUGUCAAGCUGAAAUGCUCUGUGAAGCAGCUUUGUCACAUCAGAUCUUUCUCCACUUCUGCAUUCCAGGCCAAAGACAAGACUGCAUUGAAAAAUAGCCCGGAUGCCCACGAGUCUGGUGAAUAUUCUGAGCCUUUUGAAGAGGGCUUUGCAAGAACGCAAAUUGCUCAAAUCAUGCAAGCGUAUGAGAACUAUUCUUCACCAGACGAUUUGAAUAUCAUAUACCCGCUUUAUCAAUCUUUGAAGCGCAAUGGUAUUCUUCUUCCAUCCAUUGACGAGUACAACAUUAUUUUGAAGUCGAUUGUGAUGAGAGCAUUGGAUAGUGAAGAUACUCUUUCUGCCACAGAAUCGCGAUUGACCUGUCUUUUAACCGUUUAUCAAGACGUGCUCAUAGCUUGCCAGUCCACACCCACCUGUCACCCAAAUAGAGAAACCUACCAAAUUGUCCUCAGGUCCAUUUUUGACGGUAGCCGGAAAAUUCUUACUUUGGUAACGAGAAGCAAGCUUCCGCGCCACACUUAUCAUCAACAAAUCAGCAAGGUUCUGGAGUUUUGUAAAGUGGGAGUCGACCUAUAUGCAUCCUUGCUUCAUGACCUUGAAAUUUGUAAGAGCGAUAUACUUCCUAAUGUCCUUUACUGUUUGAAACAUUUUCCCGGUUUGUUCAAUGAACGACUUGCUACCUUUUUCCUUCAACUCAAAGAUCAUACCCUGAGUGAUGCACUGUUCUACAUUGGCUUGAUUGCCCUGGUGGAAUACCUUCGCAAAUUUCCAAGUUUGGGACUUGAUAAGAAGGCCUCAUAUAAAUUCAUGAGUGAUGUGUUUGAUACUUUCAAACACCAAUGUGAGACUCUGGUACAGCUUUCCAUGGCUGAGUAUAGCAUUUACUCUGCAAUGUUACAAGGAUUAGUCGCCUGUGAAAAUUUGCCGAUUGCAACGAAAUUUUUGGAUGACAUAAUUCUCAGCUACAAGGAUGAACUCUACAAGAAUCUCGAGACUAACACAGUUGCUAUUUCUGACUUGAUCUCAGAUUAUUUGCUAGCUGUCAUGAAACUUAACUCUGUUCAGCAUCUUGAUAAAGCUCACACUUUACUUCUGAACAUGCGACAAGUUCCAUAUCUUCCAGACCUCAACGUUACUGUUUUUCACGACAUGAUUUCCAGGUACAUUGCAGAAUAUGUCAUGAUGGAACAAAUGAAGGUACAGAAGAAGGACAGCAAUGAUAUGAGUCAAAUUCAGCAGGAAAUUUAUCACAAAAUUUGGGACUUGUACAAUUACAUUGCCAUUAGAAAGGACUUUCUCACUUCUGACGUGACCCAGUCGAAUUCCAUGGAGAUGCUCCUUUCAAUUAGCAUCGACUUGGCGGAUUCUCAAAAGGUUUCUCGCUUAAUCAAGGAGAUUUUGGUCAAAAGAAUCUCAAUUGAGGAUUGGAGUGUCUUGAGAAAACUUUGCUACAUGCUUUCCACAGAGGCAGGCAAUGGAGGCAGUCAGCAUUAUGAGGUUAUGUGGGCUAUUCUUGAGAACCAAGCCACACACUUCACCAAUGAUUCUGUUCACUUGAACGAUUUUUUGAGCGAGCUUGUUUCAUAUAUUCUCCUUGAUUCUCCUAAGACUUUCGACCGCAUUAUGAAUCUGACGUUCAUUUCGAAUGCAUUCGAGAGCUGCAGUCUCCAAGAUGAUAAUUUUUAUGGAUUGACGACACUUAUGUUAUUUUUGCAAAACAAACUUUUGAACUGUGAAUUGACUGUUGUUGAACGAGCAAAAAUUCUCACAUACCAGGCUCACAUGAUUAAUGAGUUCGAGGAUACUGAGAACCAUUACUUAGAUCUUCCAGGAGAAUUGCGUGAGUUUAAUGCAUCAUUGAAAAAUUCUUUCACAAAAGCUUUCAACAUAUAUUCGGAAACUCAAUAUUUGACCGAAUCUAUUUGUCAGGCAUGCUCGAAAUUAGGUAUUGAGGUGGCAGAUAUGAAUAUGAGGCUCCUAGACCCAGCUCUUUAUGAAAUGGAUUUGACUCCUCUUUUCAGCAUAAGCUAUAAGGAAGGCUUAUCAUUAUUUGUCAAAUCUUUUAAGGAAGGUUUCAAUUUUAAUGACGAAACUUGGAGAGUGAUCAUAAAUCGCAGCUUUGUCUUGGAUGUCUUGGAGCCUGGCAAAAUUUUUAAAACAAGCGAUUUUAUCAAAAGAUUGCUGCAAGUCAGAAGCGAUGCACAGAUAAUUCAGCAUUUAGCUUCAUUGAUAUCCUUGAAUAAUGAGAAGGUGAACAUCGAAAUUUUCAAGUUUCUUUCUGCGCCCCAAUAUGAGCCAAUUCUUGCAUCGAGUCUCUUAAAUUGUAUGGCUGAAUUCGCUAAGAUUACAAAAAAUCAUUAUUUUCUAACCUUGUUUAUCAAGGAGUUUGAGCGUCUUGCGAAUAUCAACCCUUGCAAUUCAUGGAAAGCAACUUUGUUUGAAAAACUCAAUCAAGUCGGGAGAAACCUGGAAAUAUACGCCAUUGUUUCUCAGAAUUUUGACCUGCUCAACAAGGGACUUGAUGUUCGUGUUAGCACGGAUGUGAGAUUUUUGAAAGAAAUUCUAAUUGCGUACAUGAAAUCUGAUAAAGAGGAACAGAUUAAUCACAUUUUCAAUCUCCAUUUCGCCGGAGCUGCAGGACAAAAGUUGUUGUUGAAGUCUAAUGAAUUGUUAGCAUGUCUUCUCGGCUACUAUAUUUCCAUCGGGUCGUACGAAAUGGUCGUCAAAAAGUUCGGCAAGCUAGCCGACCGCUCGACCGACUUGAAGCAGUCUGUACAAUUUUCGAAUCUCUUGUCAUCCUUAAAUGGCUCCCAUGAAGUGUACGCUUGCGCUCAUGACGAUAAUCGCGAGAGCUUUGCUCUAGCGCUACUCAACGAAGAAGAUUUGCUCGGGAUGAAAAGACUUUAUCUUGAGAAUUUGCACUUGGUUGGCAACAAGGAGAUUUUUUUCAAUAUAUUGGUUAGUGAUUUAACCAAAGCAGCAUUGUCACUCAAAGGAAUGCACCAGAAAAAACUAACUACUAAAUUUGAAGCCAUUAUCAAGUUUUGCAAAGUACUUGAACUAGAAAGGAUUUCAGCCGGAACCUUGAAUAACAUGGUGAAUUUCUUGAUCAUUACGAAGUCUAAAGACUUGUUGAAUAUUGCUUUCAACAAGUUUUUGGUCAACAAUAGCUUCGUUUCAUCGUUUAAUUUCUACUUCUUGCGCGUCGAGUUGCAAUCCGAGAGGGAGCUGAUUGAAGUUUUGAAAAACUUCGAGGCCGGAUUCAGAAAGACUAAUGAUCUUUUGAACCUACACACACUUGAGGCCUAUAAGGCAAAAGUGUACUGCACGUGA